AUGAUGUUCCACUCACGUGAUACACUCCAUCAUCUCCAACGUUGGACUUCCUCCCGACUUCACCGAACAAUGCCUGUCUACUUGAUUUCCAGGAUCGCGGAUCCCGCAUUCGCCCUGGCGAUGGGCGUCUCUGCUGCCUUUUCUCGCGUCCAACGUGACCAGCGCGAGAAGUUCCCCGAGCGUGCUUCUGAGAUCACAUACGGAAGCAUUGUCCAAACGAGUGGUCGACGCCUACAGAGAUGGUGGAAUGGCGAUUUCCAGAGUGUUGCAUGA